UAUAGAACUACAAUCUAAGAAAAUUUCAGUAACUACCAACCAACCUUAGAAAAUAUGGCUACAAUGACAAUGUGUAAAUUUCUUGUAUAAUACAAAAUAUUCUUACAAUGAUAAAGUGUUUGUUACAUUUCUUGAAGUAGCGUAGAUAUAUAAUUGUUUGAAUUCAAUAAAAGUUCAUUAUUUUGGAAGCUAUGGGUAUUUUUAUAAAAUAAUGUUGUCAGCAUUGAUAAUAUAUGUUCAUUAUGUUGGAAAUAUGUAAGACGUUGAAAAAUAAGUACUAUUCAUAUUAAAUGUGCAUAUUUUACGAACAAUUUGUUUUUACUUGAAUAUAUUUGAUUAUAAUGAUUUUUUAUUAUUACAAGUGUGUGUUAUAUAAUAUUUAUUAAAAAAAUAAAGCAUCUAAUUACAAUAUAACAGAAUUUAAUAGUAAAACGAGAUUACUUUUACAAAAAUAUGUCUCUAUCUUGUUCUGGAGAAAUGAAUGAGACCAAAGAAAAACAAGAUAAGUUAUUUUCAAAAAAAAAUCUUGAAGAAGAAAUACUUAAAUCAAACUCUUCUAAAUCUAAAGAAUUUUCUAAAAAACGAAAAAGAGAAAAUGAAGCAGAUGAUACAAGUUAUUUAGAAACUAAACGCUCUCAAAUUCGGAAGCAUUCUCCAGAUCCAAAAUCAUCUAAAAGUGAAAAAUAUGAUAUUGAAAAAAAUGUAAAUAUUAAUAAUACUUCAUCAGAUUUACGUAUCAAUAAUAGUGAAAAAAUAAAAGAAUCAUCAAGCAAAAAAAUACACAGUGAUAAUACAUUAUUAGUUGUAGAACAUUAUAAUUCAGUAGAAAAUAAAUGUGCUGCUCUUAGAGAUAAAAGCAGAAUUUUAUAUAUGAGGAAUUUUAAUAAUUGGAUAAAAAGCAUGCUUAUAUUUGAAUAUAUUAAUAAAACUCAUGGACGUAAUUUAAAAGUAUUAGAUAUGUGUUGUGGUAAAGGAGGAGAUUUAUUUAAAUGGAGAAAAAUGAAUGCAACACAUUUAAUUUGUACUGAUUUAGCUGAAGUAACUAUGCAACAUUGUCAAGAUCGAUACAAAGAAAUGUUAAAACGAAAUUCUGAAGAAAAAAGAUGUUCUCCUAUAUUCACUGCUGAAUUUAUAACAGCUGAUUGUACAAAGGAUCAUUUAAGAAAAAAAUUCAAAGAUCCUAGUAUAUCACUUGAUUUGGUUAGUUGUCAAUUUGCAUUUCAUUAUUGCUUUGAAUCAUUAGAACAAGCAGAAUGUAUGAUUAAAAAUGCAAGUGAAUGUUUAAAACCAGGAGGUCAUUUUAUUGGAACUAUUCCAGAUGCAUAUGAUUUAGUUUCUAGGUGGCAGAAAUGUGAUGGUGACAGCUUUGGAAAUGAUAUUUAUAAUGUAAAAUUUUUUUGUGAUAAAACAAAACCACCACUUUUUGGUGCUAAAUAUCAUUUUCAGUUAGAAGGUGUUGUAAAUUGUCCAGAAUUUCUUGUUUACUUACCUGUAUUUCGUAAAUUAGCUUUAAAAUUUGGUUUAAAUUUAGUAUUAUUUGAAAGAUUUGAUAGUUUUUAUGAACGUAUGAAAAAUGAAGGUAGAGCAUUACUUACUAAAAUACAAGCUUUAGAAACUUAUCCACCUCGGAAUGAUGUAUCUCUUGUUGGUAAACCUGAAGAUUAUCAACAUAUCAAAGAAUAUAAUAUGAAAGGUUCAUCAAUUGGCACUUUAUCUCAAUCAGAAUGGGAGGUUACUUCAUUAUAUGCUGUAUUUGUUUUUCAAAAAAUGAAAACUAUGUAGACAAUAAAGAACAAUAGUAAAGCAAAAUCAGUAAAGAUUAAGAAAUAUAAAAUAUUACUUUCCUGGCAUAAAAUUAUUCACUAAUUUUAUAUUAUAUGAACUAGUCUAUUAUAACUAUAGAAAUAGGAAUAUAAUAAUCACUAUAGUAAAUAGUUAUUCAUUAUUUAAUAUGAUCUCUUUUAAUAAUUCAAUAAUGUAUUAAAGAAUUAAAUGUGUACAAUAUACUUUAUUGAAUUUUAUUUUAUUUUAAUUAUCUUUUUAUAUAAAA